AAUGGCUGUGUUGAUCCGUCAGUGCAACGCUCUCGAUAUGAGCAGGCGCUCCCCGUUGUACGAAUUCCGCCUGGCAAAGUACGCAAAAAGGGGAUUCAAAGUGUAUUUUCUGGAGUUGGAGAGGGACGCAGUCGACCUUGGGCUCUAUGACAGCAACAUCAUGCUCAUACCCAACAGCUUGGCCAGGCUGCUCUUCCUCGAAAAGAUGGCCCAAGACCACUUCCACUACAUGAGCUAUCGUUUUCCGGGUGUUCAUGUGAAGUUCGAGCCAAAGGAUGGGGUAAAGUUGUUGUCCAAAAGGCACAAGGGCCGUAGGAACCCCCCAGACGAACUUGUUCCUCGCAACAACUACAACCAUACGAUGUUCUCUAUCCCGUACGGCUUGGGAUGGGAUGCAGAGUGGGUGAAGGCACUCAUUGAGCGUGUGGAGCGCAGGAUCUCAGGCAUGUUUAUCUCAAAUGCAUA